GGAGAUGUCAGUCAGGACGGGGACACGCGGGGUCUCGGGAGUGAUAAUGACCGGUAAUAACGUAAGUGCGGAGCGGGAACCGGACGACGAGGAUGAAGAAGGCGGAGAAGAGGAAGGGGACACUGACGGGGAGAGCCGCUCUGCUCGCUGCACGGCCAGACCUGAUGAUACAUCUGAACAACGCUGAGCUGUUAGAGGGACUGGCGCAGCUCAUACCUUUGACACAUCUGAGAAAGGCCAGGGCGCAGGAAAGUCAGAUGCUGAUAAACCAACUGAAGGAGAUCACAGGGAUUCAAGAUGUAGCCUUUCUCAGUGAGGCACUUAAGGCCAGUAAUAAUAACAUUGAACAGGCUGUGGGUCUUCUCACCGAUGAAUGUACAAAGGAGCCAGAUUCCAGGGAACUAGCUACGGAGCCAUCUAAUGCUGAUGAAAGUGCUACAGUAAUUCAAGGAGCAAAUGGUAUGGUUGACCCAGUGGAUAAUAAAGAUGACCUUCAGGCAGCAAUCGCUCUUAGUUUACAAGAAGCCACAAAUCAUCUGGAGGCGAGAGAUCCCAACAGAUCUAGUGACCACCACAUUCAUGAAAAUAAAAGCCGAUCUAAGAGGAAACGCUGUGAGGCGUGGGGCGAUGUCCCCAACCCUAGUGAUUUGAGGAGGAAUGGUGACUGGCCUGUAGGGCUGAAGAACAUCGGGAACACCUGCUGGUUCAGUGCAGUCAUACAGUCGCUCUUUCACCUACCUGAAUUCCGAAGACUAGUCCACAGCUACAGAAUUUCCCAAAGCAUGGUCGAAAGGUGUCGAAGUCGCAGUGAAAAGAGAAACAUUGCCUUUAUGCAAGAACUCCAGUACCUCUUUGCCCUAAUGGUUGGAUCCAAUAGAAAAUUUGUUGAUCCUUCUGCUGCCCUGGAGCUGUUGAAAGAUGCGUUUCUGUCAGAGGAAGCACAGCAGCAAGAUGUCAGUGAGUUUUCCCAUAAGUUACUGGACUGGCUGGAAGACGCUUUCCAACUGGCUGUAAAUGGAGAGAGUCCUAGAGACAAGACUGAAAACCCAAUGGUGCAGCUUUUUUAUGGCACAUUUCUGAAUGAGGGAUAUCUGGAAGAUAAAAUAUUCUCCAAUAUUGAAACUUUUGGCCAAUAUCCCCUCCAAGUAAACGGGUUCAACAACUUAAAUGAAUGUCUAGAAGGAGCUGUGUCGGAGGGAGAGAUUGAGCACACUCAGAAUGGCAAAACCGUGCAAUACAGGCAAGAGCGCUGGUUUACAAAACUACCUCCAGUGUUGACCUUUGAACUGUCACGGUUUGAGUAUAACCAAUCGCUGGGACAGCCAGAAAAAAUUCACAAUAAGCUUGAAUUCCCGGAGAUCAUUUAUAUGGACAGAUUUCUAUAUGUAAAUAAAGGGCUUAUUAGGAAGAAGCGGGAGAUGAUCAAGAAACUUAAUAGAGACAUUGACCUUCUGCAACAAAAGCUGGAAAGGUACCUAAAAUACGGUUCUGGUACCAGCCGCUGUCCCCUUCCCGACAUGCUACAGUAUGUGUUGGAGUUUGCAAACACACAGUCUGCAGCAGGAAGCCAUGCUGUGGAUGUGACAGAUAUCUCGGUGCUUUCAGCAGAUGACUCUGGUUCCUCCGAUACUCAACCACAGGAAAAUGGUACUGUAGCCAAUGGAUGCAAUGAGCACUUGGACAGUGAUGAUUCAACAGUAUGCAGCCCAUCUGCAGAAAAUGCUUCCUUGCCAUCUUCUCAGCAGUGCCUCUACAUGGCUCCAGCACCCAGAACUGUUAGCAAGGAAGAACUGCAGUCUGUGGGGGCCUGCUUACAGAGAUGGAGAGCUGAGGUUGAACAAGACAUUCAAGACUUGAAGAAUUCAAUUGCACGUAUCAGAAAAACUAUUGAAGAUAUUUACAAUGAUCCUCAUCUAUUAGAGGUUCCAUACAGGCUUCAUGCAGUGCUGGUUCAUGAAGGCCAGGCGAAUGCUGGACACUACUGGGCGUAUGUUUACAGCCAUUCAAGACAGUGCUGGUUGAAGUGCAACGAUAUAUCCGUGACAGAAGCCACUUGGGAAGAGCUGGAAAGGGACUCCUAUGGAGGGGUGAGAAACGCCAGCGCUUACUGCCUCAUGUACAUAAAUAACAAGCUGCCUUAUCUUAUUAAGGACCUAGAAACGGGACAACUGGAGGAUAAAAUUAGCAGUCUCCCACCAGCCUUGGCACACUGUAUUUUAGGGGAUAACCAAAGGUUUGAGCACGAUGUGGAAGAAUGGGAGGAGACUCAUUCCUGCAAGAUCCCACAAAUAGAGCCUAUGGCGACUUCAGAAGAGGAGGUCUUACCUGAUGGCACAGCUCUGUGUUGUGGGGACUUCAAUAGAUCCUUGUCAUCAGAACAUGCCAUGAUCACCAAAGAACAGACUGCUCUUGCCAUUACCAAAACUGCUGAGUCCUAUGAGAAAAACGGAGUGGAGGCUGCACUAGAAGAGGCCUUCCGAGAGGAGUAUUCCCGUCUCUACCAGCUUUCUAAGGAACAGCCGUCCCAGUCCAAUGACCCUCGCCUGCAGCAUGUGCUGGUCUACUUCUUCCAGAACAGAGCCCCCGAACGUGUAAUAGAAAGAACAUUAUUGGAGCAGUUUGCAGAUAAAAAUCUCAGCUAUGAUGAGCGAUCGAUAAGUAUUAUGAAGGUGGCUCGAGCUAAACUGAAAGAGAUUGGGCCAAAUGACAUGGAUAUGAGAGAAUAUCAGAAGUGGCACGAGGAUUACAGUCAGUUUCGUAAGGUGUCUGUUUACCUUCUGACUGGUCUGGAAUUGUACCAGAAUGGAAAAUGUCAGGAAGCCCUCACCUACCUGGUAUAUGCUUAUCAAAGCAAUAGUGCCCUUCUGAGCAUAGGAGAAAAUCGUGGGGUGGAAGAAAAACUGCUCGAGCUGUACAGACGGAAGUGCCUCCUGGACUUGAAUGAUAUGGCCGCCAGGAUGUUUGAGAGUCGUGUAGAUGAGCAGAUUUCUGAAGGAAUCGGCAUAAUAAAUGAUUUGAUCAUCCCCUGCGUGCAUCUCAUAUUCAACAAUAAGAUCUCGGAGGAAGACAUGGCUGCUAUUGAGGAAAUGCGGAGUCGCUGGUGCUCAUACCUUGGCCAAGAUAUAGAUGAUAACCUACAGCAGAAGCUCGGGCAGUUUCUUCCACGGCUCCUGGACUGUUCUAGCGACAUCAUUGUUUUAAAAGAGCCACCAAAGAUACGACCUCACUCCCCGUAUGACCUGUGCAAUCGCUUCACAGCCGUCAUGGAGUCUAUAAACGGGGCUUCCACAGUUAAGGUGACCUAGGAACAAAAGAAUAAUCAAAAACAACAAAAAACAAAACACUAAAAACUGGCAAACAAGGUCACCGCCAUCAUAGUGCACCGGCUCUGUGUCUUACAUAGAGCAGCCAUAGGAAGAAGCCACUGAGGCCUUAUGCGGUUUGGAGGAAGAGCUGCGAAUGAGCAAAUGAAUAAACGAACAC